AUGCAUAUCAGGAAGGAACUUAGCGAAUAUGCCUCCCUUCGAGGCACGACUGGACCCUACGCUGAUAACCUCAGCGUCGAUGUCGUCAUCGUGGGAGCCGGCUUCGGCGGCAUCUACUGCCUUUACGAGAUGCGUAAGCUGGGUCUCAAGGCCGUCAUAUACGAAGCGGGCGAUGAUGUCGGCGGCACCUGGCGCUGGAACUGUUAUCCAGGAGCCGCGGUGGACUCGGAAAUCCCAGAGUACCGGUACUCUAUUCCCGAGACCUGGAAGGAUUGGACCUGGUCGACAAACUACCCCAACUACGAGGAGCUGAGGCGAUACUUUGACCACGUCGACCAGGUGCUCCAGGCCGCUGGCAGGUCAAAACGGCCGAUGGGAGAACGGCGUCGUCCAAGUACCUCAUUAUCGCCGCCGGGUUCUCUGCAAAGCGGUACAUCCCCGAGUGGCCGGGAAUGGAUACAUUCCAGGGCAUUGUCCACCACUCCUCCUUUUGGCCGGGCGAGCACACCAUCGAUGUCCGAGGAAAGCGCUGCGCGGUUAUCGGCACUGGCGCGUCAGGGGUGCAAGUCACGCAGGCCUGGGGUCCAAAGACGGGCUCGCUCAAGGUGUUCCAGCGGACUCCCAACUUGGCCAUUUCCCAUGCGAAAACGCGCCCUUAGCGCCGAGGCUCAGCAAGAAGCCAAAGCGCUCUAUCCCGAACUGUUCUCGUUCCGUGAGAAGGCCUUCGCGGCAUUCCUGUACACAUUCAGUGAAAAGAGUCUCUGGGAAGACAACGAAGAAGAACGGGAAGCUUUCUUGGAGAAGUUAUGGGCCGAAGGGGGCUUCCGCUUCUGGGUCGCCAAUUACCGCGACUACCUCUUCGACGCCGAAGCCAACCGCAUCGUGUACGACUUCUGGUGCAGAAAGGUCCGCCAGCGCAUCGGCGACCCAAAGGCCCGGGAGCUGCUUGCGCCGCGCGAGCCACCGCACUACUUCGGCGUCAAGCGUCCUUGUCUCGAAGAAACCUACUUCGAGCAGUUCAACCGGAAGAAUGUCGAGGUCGUGGAUAUCAAGAAUAACCCCGUCGUGGCGUUCACCGAGACCGGGAUCCAGCUCGAAGACGGCACCGUACACGAGGUCGACGUCGUCUGCGUCGCGACCGGGCUCGACAUUACCACUGGCGGAAUGACCAAUAUGGGGUUGACCAGCAUCCAUGGCACGACGCUCAAGGACGAGUGGAAGGACGGCGCGUACACGUAUCUUGGUUUGACGGUCAGCGGAUACCUCAAUAUGUUUCAUCUGUAUGGACCACAGGGACCUACGCUGCUGAGCAACGGACCGACGACCGUAGAGGUCCAGGGCCGCUGGAUUGCAGACGCGAUCAAGCAGAUUGAGCGCCAGGGGAUCAAGUAUAUUGACCCUCUCCCGGAAUCAGCUCGCGCUUGGAAGAAACGGAUCAAUGAGCUUUCGGACCUCACCCUCUUUCCUACCACCAAAUCCACGUACAUGGGUGGGACCAUACCCGGGAAAGUCUUUGAGCAGGGAAAUUAUACCGGUGGUAUACCCCAGUAUUUGGCGGAGAUUCGCGCUGCUCUCCCGAAGUUCGAUGGGUUCACUACUGUCAAAUAUUAA